GGGGGGGGUGAGGGUGAAGGGGAGCCUCAGGCACCAGGAGUCCAGUCCCAUUCCAGGGUGGGAGGGACACAGUGACUGUCUCCCUGGGGAAGGCGGUAAGAUGAGGCUUGUUCAGACGGGAGGAUCCCAGCCUCAGAUGCCUCGCUGAAGGCAGCGACCUGGUCCUGAGGUGUUGCAGUCAUCACUGAAGGACUGUGAGCAGGGGAGGGAAGGGCUCAACCCUGAGCGUAGAGAGACCUUCUGAGACCACCUGGUGGUGGGCGGGAGGAGACAAAACAGAGGACGGGAGGCUGGAGGUGAGGGUCUAGGAGCGGAGGAGUAUGCCCGAGCGGCAGCCAGGCCAGGGGAACGGAGAGAAGGGAUGGGGCUGGAGACCGCUGAGCGGUAGGGGGAUAAGGAAAAGGAAGGGGCGGGGGCAGUGCCUGGGGGACUGACCGCAGACUGGGUGAACAGCGGAGAUGUCCCUGCGAUGGGCAACAUGGGGGUUGGAGUUUGGGGAGAGAGAAGUGAGUUAGGGCACAGUGAGUGACAAGGGCCUGAGGACACUAGGGGUGGGAGGACGCCCAGGAGCCGAUGGCUGCCAGAGGCUGGAGUUCAGGGUCAGAUGAAGGAGACCUGCGUAGUUGGUGGUUGAACCACAGGAGCUGAGGAAAGAAAGGCUCCGGGCUUCGGGGAGUUUCGCAGGAGGAGGAAGACAAGGCAGACGGCGGGACUCAGGCCUCCUGGGGAGGUGAAGGACAACUGGAAAGGGGCCCAGGACGACGUGGAUCGAUAACCUAGACUUCAACAGAACCCUCGUCCCUGCUCUGCAAUGUGGCUUCUCCUCACCUUCUCCUUCCUGCUCACGUCUGCAGCAGCCCGGGACGACACUGACAAGAUGCUGGGAGGGGAGGAGUGUGAGCCCCACUCCCAGCCGUGGCAAGUGGCCCUGUUUGAGCGUGGACGCUUCAACUGCGGCGCUUCCCUCAUUUCUGCGCACUGGGUGCUGUCUGCUGCCCACUGCCAAACCCGCUCCCUGAGAGUGCGCCUGGGCGAGCACAAUCUGCGCAAGCGCGACGGCCCCGAGCAGCUGCGGACCGUGGCUCGCAUCAUCCCGCACCCGCGCUACGAAGCACGCAGCCAUCGCCACGACGUCAUGCUGCUACGUCUAACCCGGCCCGCUCGCCUCUCCCGGCAAGCGCGCCCCGUGGCGCUGCCCACGCGUUGCCCCCAACCCGGCGAGGCCUGCGUGGUGUCCGGCUGGGGCCUCGUGUCUGAUGACAAGCCUGGGACCAAAGGGAUCCCAGAGUCACAAGUGAGUCUCCCAGAUACGCUGCAUUGUGCAAACAUCAGUGUGAUCCCGGCCACAUCUUGUAACGAGGACUACCCAGGGCGCGUGAUGGCCUCUAUGGUGUGUGCGGGAGUAGAGGGCGGAGGCACGGACUCCUGCGAGGGUGACUCUGGGGGACCCCUGGUCUGUGGGGGAGUCCUACAGGGCAUUGUGUCCUGGGGUGAUGUCCCCUGUGAUACUACUACUAAGCCUGGCGUCUAUACCAAAGUCUGCAGCUACUUGGAGUGGAUUAAGGAAACCAUAAAGAGGAACUGACAAUUUUGUUUCACCACCUGUGUCUCUGACUGAGCAGAAGCUCCCAGAGCAGGCCAGCAGCCCCAUCCUGACCUGGGACAGUGUUGGGCCAUCCCUCAAGACCUCAUUUGACAAGGCACAGAUGUCAGCCAAGGACUUGUCCCAUCUCAGGCCAGAGCCCGUGCUCAAGGUCACCUAUUUAAACACCGAGAUAACAAGACUGCUGAUGCAAGCUUCUCUGUAGGAGUUUCUGGAACUUACUUCUGGGGAUGAAGGGAAGCGGGAGCCAGAGACCGGGUGGGGACCCCGAGGCACCGUACAUUGUUCCUUUUCGCCCACUGCCCCGAUGCCUAGCUGAAGAGAAGUGGCUUGAAGUAAGGCUCUCUUCAUGCAUGUGUGCAUAGGUCAGCUGUGUGAUCUUGAGGAAAAGACCCAGUGCCCCUCAGCUUCGGUUUCCCCAUCUGUAAAACAGAGAUCAUCAUAUUGCUUACCUCACAGUCUUGUAAGGAUUAAA